AUGGACGAGAAGAAGUUCGAGGAGCCUCAGACAGUACAGACUGGAUCUGAUGCUCCCCCUUCCUAUGGUAGCUCAGAACCCACCAAGGCUAGUUUAGGACAGCGCAUGUGGGAUAGUUUCAAGCGCGACCCUAACCAUGUCGUCUCUGGCCAUGCUGGUUCCGAUGGUGCGGGCUUUGAUAUCGAGACCGCCGCGCAGAACACAGCACACUCCCCUCUUCAGCGUCGGUUAAAGGGUCGUCAUCUGCAGAUGAUUGCCAUUGGUGGUUCGAUUGGUACUGGUCUGUUCGUCGGUUCCGGAUCCGUCUUGGCUGCCGGUGGCCCUGCGUCUGUCUUGAUUGCUUACAUUCUCAUCGGAAUGAUGCUUUACUGCACGGUUCAUGCUCUUGGUGAGAUGGCCGUCUUGUUCCCUGUUGCUGGUUCUUUCGCCACCUACUCGACUCGUUUCGUCGACCCUGCGUGGGGUUUCGCUAUGGGUUGGAAUUAUGCGCUACAAUGGCUGAUUGUGUUACCGUUGGAAAUUGUGGCUGCCUCUAUUACAGUUGAUUACUGGAGUCCUGGUGUUUCCAACGCUGCUUGGGUUGCCAUCUUCUGGGUACUCAUCGUUUCGAUCAACAUGUUCGGAGUCCGCGGAUAUGGUGAAGCCGAAUUUGUCUUCUCUAUCAUCAAGGUUGUUGCUGUGCUUGGCUUCAUUAUUCUCGGAAUCAUUAUCAACUGCGGUGGUGGCCCCGAGGGUGGAUACAUUGGUGCCAAGUACUGGUAUACCCCGGGUGCUUUCCAUAACAGUUUCAAGGGUCUCUGCAGUGUCUUUGUCAACGCUGCCUUCGCCUUUGCUGGUACUGAGUUGGUCGGUCUGGCCGCUGCUGAGACUGCCAACCCUCGCAAGUCCCUCCCCACCGCAGUGAAACAGGUGUUCUGGCGUAUUGCUUUGUUCUACGUUGUCUCCCUCACCAUUGUCGGCCUGCUCGUUCCCUAUGAUGAGCCCAGACUUGUCAGCGGAACUUCCUCUGCCGAUGCCCACGCUUCUCCCUUCGUCAUCGCCAUCGAGAACGCCGGUAUCAAGGCUCUGCCAUCCAUUAUGAACGUUGUCAUCAUGAUUGCUGUGUUGUCCGUCGGUAACUCCUCCGUGUACGGAUCUUCUCGUACUCUGGCUGCUCUCGCUGAGCAGGGCCAGGCCCCCAAGUUCUUGGCCUACAUUGACCGCCAGGGUCGUCCUCUCCCCGCCAUUAUCGUUGCCUCAGCCAUUGGUCUGCUCUGCUUCCUCGCUGCUUCCGACAAACAGACCACCGCCUUUGGCUGGAUGAUGGCCAUUUCCGGUCUGUCCUCCAUCUUCACCUGGGGCUCCGUCUGCGGUGCCCACAUUCUCUUCCGUCGCGCCUGGAAGAAGCAGGGCCACAGCCUGGACGAGCUGGCCUUCCGCUCUCAGCCCGGUGUCAUCGGUUCCUGGAUCGGUCUCGGCUUCAACGUCUUGGUGUUGAUCGCCCAGUUCUGGGUUGGCUUCGCCCCUGUUGGUUACGCCGAGAUGACCACCAGCGAACUUGUCUACAACUUCUUCUCGGUCUACCUAGCCGCUCCCGUUGUCAUCGCUUGCUACCUCCCUUACAAGUUCUGGUACAAGACCAAGUUUGUCCGAUCCCAUGAGGUUGAUCUGGUCACUGGUCGCCGGGAGCUGGAUCUUCAGCAUCUCGUUGAGCAGGAGCGGGCUGAGCAGAAGCAAUGGCCCAAGUGGAAGAAGGUUUACAAGUUCUUCUGCUAG